GGCGCGGGGGGUCACGUGGGGACGGGGGGGUUCCCAACAUGGCGGCGGCGCUGGGGAAGGAGAAGGAGGAGGAGGCGAAGCGGCUCCUGAGCGAGGCCGAGAGGAAGGUCCGGGGGGCCUCCUCCUUCCUCGGGGGCCUCUUCGGGGGUUCUUCCCGGCUGGAGGAGGCGUGUGAGUGUUACGGCCGCGCCGCCAACAUGUUCAAGAUGGCCAAGAACUGGAGCGGAGCAGGGAAUGCUUUCUGCCAGGCCGCCCGGCUGCACCUGCAGCUGCAGAGCAAACACGACGCCGCCUCCGCCUUCGUCGACGCCGGAAACGCCUUCAAAAAGGCAGAUCCACAGG